UUCCACUUCCGACCUAAACCCUUCAUAUCCCACCACCGGAAAGACACGAGAGGCGACGGAGAGAGAGAGAGAGGAGAGAGGAAAGCUAAGCUUCCAGAGAUGUCGGCGGACGAGCUGCGGCUGGACCUGGAGGAGCUGCGGCGGCUGGAGGGCCUCGCCAAGCGGCCCCGCGUCCUCUCCGCCCUCGCCAACGAGAUCCGCGCCGUCGAUGCCAAGCUGGCGAAAGCGACCGAGCCGCAGGCACCGCAGGCCGUCGCGGCGGGAUCGCCACCUGUAGUGGCGGCGGCGGCGGCACCGGCACCUGCUGCUGCUGCUGGGGUGAGCUACGUGACGUUGGGGUCGUUCAGCUGGGAUCAGGAUGCUGAGAAGAUAAAGAUUUAUGUUUUCCUGGAGGGUGUUGAGCAAGAUAAGGUGGAGACUACUUUUAAGCCUAUGUCAGUAGAUACAAAAUUCCAUGAUGUGAAGGGCAAGAACUACCGAUGUGCCAUACCUAAGCUGCACAAAGAAAUUGUUCCUGAGAAAUGCAAGGUUUUAGUCAAGCCUACAAAGAUUAUUGUGACGCUUUACAAAGCUUCCAAAGGCAACUGGUUAGACUUGCAUUUCAAGGAGGAUAAGUUCAAGCCAAGCAUGGCUAAGGAGAAGGAUCCAAUGUCUGGAAUUAUGGAUUUGAUGAAGAACAUGUAUGAGGAAGGUGACGAAGACAUGAAGCGCACAAUAGCCAAGGCCUGGUCUGAUGCAAGGUCUGGGAAGACCGCCGAUUCAGUGAGGGGAUUACCUUGAGUUUGCCCGAAGCGUUGGCUCUGCUGAGCCAGUUCGUUGUGAUUGAAUGCACUUGGUUAUCUUAUUUUGCAUGUAACGAACUGGAAAUCGGUCACGCCGGGCCUGUUCAUUUGUGAAGAAAACAUCUUCUCGUGUGAUAUUAUCACUUCUGCGUGUGAUCAGCCUUUAAUGGAAUGAUUAUGUGCCAAUGGCCGCUUUUGCGA